AUGUUUGGACUUUUUUUUCUCAUUUUAUUCACCCCUGGAGUCAGUGAAUUUCUUUGUACAUCGUCAGAUCUAGAAAUGUCGUAUACUUUUUGUGAUUCUACAGCUCAUGCUUUCGUGUUUAACAUGACACCUUGCAGCACCAUGAACAAACCCGUCUGGAAUGCUACUCUUACCUGGAUUCCAAGAAGUGACAUCACCUUUUUGAAGAUUGUCUUCAACGUUUGGUACGAAGGUGCCAAAGCGUUACACUGGAAAGAAACCCUCUGCAGCGGAGCUGACGACGAAUACUCAGUGUGCGCAUCGCUGAAAGGAGAAACAAUUACAGCAGAAUUUGACAUUAAAGGUGCAAGAAUAACAUUUCCAAAGGGCAAUUAUAACAUUAUUUUACAAGGAUUCUCUGAUGAUUCUGAGAAUAAUAUGAUCAUAUGCUUGAAUUUCACCAUGAUAGUAAAACAAGAUGCUUUCUGA